AUGAAUGAAGCCUCUGAUCGCCCUCUGCUGGACAGAGAGGAAAGCAGCAGGUGGCGACGGUCCCCACUUGCAGAACCUACCUCCCCGAGCACUUCCCGGCGGAAAACAAACCGCAAGAAGCACGUGGUCUUCCGAGACUGCCGCAUUGAGAAGAAGCAGAUCCGCGUGCGGGACCUAGGCCUGGGCUUCGACUCGGACGAGAUCGUACUGUUCAAGUACUGCGUCGGCACGUGCCAGGGUGCACGGGGCAACUACGACCUGGCCCUCAAGGCCAUGAUAGAGAACGGCAGCAUGUCCCAUAGGAAGGUCAGCACCCAGCCCUGCUGCCGCCCCACCCGCUACGAAACCGUGUCUUUCAUGGAUGCUCAGACUAUUUGGCAGACCAUCCGGAGGCUCUCAGCAGCCAAUUGCAGCUGUGUGGGUUGAGG